AUGUUUACAUAUUCGAUAAUUCGGGUUGUGGCAAUAUUGUGGUAGGGGUUCCAGCUCAUCACAUUGACUUUUGUCGAUAUUUUCCCUCUUUCAUUUUCGAAAAAUGGAGUACCUCAAGCCAGUUAUUUUGCAAGUUUUAAGUCCACAAUGCUAUGAUGAGUUUUUCCUGAACUUCAACUUUUUCCAUGUGGAAUGUUUGAAGGCUGCUCUGAGCAAAGGUCUUGGACUUGGAAUCAUUGCAGGAUCAGUGCUAGUCAAGGUACCACAAAUAUUAAAACUCUUCAAUGCAAAAAGUGGUGAGGGCAUCAAUUUGACAGCAAUCUUCAUGGAGUUGUUUGCUAUUUCUGCCAACAUGGCCUACAGCUUCAGGAAUGAAUUUCCUUUCAGUGCAUGGGGCGAAGGUUUCUUCUUGGCCGUCCAGACAGCCAUCGUUGCCGCACUCGUCUUACUUUACGGUUCCGGUCCCAGCAAAGGUAAAAACGCUGGCAAAUCCGCAGCCGGCCGUGGCGGCAGUGCCGUGUCGGCCGUUUCCUUCCUCGCUUGCUUCUCGGCCGGCCUGGCCCUUUUACUCAGCCCACUAGCACCGAUGCAGCUGCUGUGGCUCUUCCAAGCGUCCAUCGUGCCCAUCAUCGUCGUCUCGAAGCUGAUUCAGGCGGUCGCCAACUACCGGCAAGGCAGUACGGGCCAGCUGUCGGCCCUGACCAUCUUUAUGUUGACGGGCGGCGCGGCAGCACGCAUCUUUACCUCGAUUCAAGAAACUGGCGAUCCCAUGAUGAUCCUCACGUACGUCGUCUCGACAACCGUCAACUUGAUCAUCGCCGGACAGGUCGUCUACUACUGGAACAGCGGCAAGAGCGGCAAGGCUUCUGGCAAGAAGAAGGCCGCCAAAGCUAAAAAGAACCAAUAGAAAAAUGAUUUCAUCAUUUCGCCCAGCGCAGGACAUAAUAAGAUACGUCAUCAUUUUUUUUUUUUAAAUUAUUUUUACUUAUCACUUUGUGCAUUCUCCCGUUCUCAUUAGCCGUAAGGUAAAAAUGCGUCAUUCACUGCCGUUGGAAAUUUCCAAAAAAAAAGUGCUGUUUGUUUAUUUUGGAUUUUUAAAUCAUUUCCAGGCGAGUGGAUAUGCGUGCAGGAUUUAUGGUUGUGAAAAACAAGACUUAAAAAAAAAAACGAACG